UGCUGAAUACUAGGGAUAGAGCAAAAAUAGCACAAUCCCUACUGUCUUGGGGUUCACAGCCUAUAUUCCUGUGACUGUCCCCUAAUCUCAGGAGAGGCAGCCCUCUCAGAAAGGGUAGUGUUAAGGAGUUAAAGAAUCCUGAAUUCAAAUCCUAGUAUUAUCAUUCACUAACUGCGUAACCUCAGAAAAGUCACUUAACUUCUCUGAGCCUUAGAUCCCUCUUCUAUUCAAAAUAAGCUAUGAAGACCUCCAGAUCAGAGUUGGUCCAAGGAGUAAACAUAGUGAGGGGAGUGAGCUGGCCUGACACAGAGUAGGUGACCACUGUCUUGGCAGUGGGCAAGAGGGAGGAUACUGACCCAUCCUCAGAAGAGCUGUCCUCUGGGCCUGAAUGGUGUCUGUCCUCCUGGACCCCAGCUAGAGGCUGCAGCUGGGGUGCCUUGGUGCUGCCUUCUGUGUAAGAGAGCCUGAUGACCCCUCACUGUGGCCCAGAUUGCUGAAAAGUUGCCAGCUCCAUUUUAGAGAUGGAGAAACUGAGGUUUGACCAGCAUUUUCCUGAUGCCUCCUGGGAGGAUCUCUCUGCUCAAAUGUCUGUCCUCCCCACACCUGGCACUAGAGGGCGCCAGGGCUCACAGAACUGGGCUCUGCCUCUGCUGGACGCCCUCCCCCAGGGCUGGCCGACAGGGUAUGUGUGGCCUCCGGGGCUCUGGGUGGCGGGAAGGAGGUGAUAGAGGAGGAGAGGAGAAGCUGGACCAGCGGUGGGGACUCAGGGACCCCUGUGGCUUCUCUCUGUCACCCUCUACCUGUCUCUGGUGGUCUCAGCAGCGCAUACCCUACCCGACCUGGCAUCUCUACCUGUCACUGUAGUCCCUGCUUCCUCUCUGUCUCUGAGGGUCUCUUCGUUUCUCUUGGUAUCUGGCUGAUUCCAACCCACCCUGUUGGCCACUUGCCUCUGUGUAGCCCGGGUCUCUCCCUGGAGGUGUGUCUGUGCAUUUUGUCUGUCUGUACCUCCAUCUCUGCCUGCUUCUCUCUCCCCCUCUCUCCCUCUCUCUGCUUCUCUGUUUCUGCCACUCUCUCUUUUUCUCUGUCUCGCUCCAUCUCACAUCCUGUCCCUCCCUAGCUGCUACCACCCAGCACAUGUGGGCUGAGGGUCUCCGUCCCUUCCCUCCCACCUCCUCACCCCUGGCAGCUGCUCACAGGCCUCUCCUGCCAGCCCCUCCUGGGGCUUGCAGGGGGCGGUGAGGGAGGAGGGCCCGGUAGGCUGCUGGGCCCACCCCUUUUUGCCUUCCCAGGCCAGGAGGCUGGGCCAGUGGGCCUUUUAACCAGCCCGCACAGGCUGCUCCCGACGCCAGCCCUGGAGGCCGUGCCUGGCCUCUGUGGUCUCUGCAGCCACCAACCCAGCCAGCCUGGCCAGCAUGCAGCAGCCGCCGCCACCACCACAGCCUGGGCCCUUGGCCCCGGCCACCGAGCCCACCAAGCCCCCCUACAGCUACAUUGCCCUGAUCGCCAUGGCCAUCCAGAGCUCACCGGGGCAGAGGGCCACGCUCAGUGGCAUCUACCGCUACAUCAUGGGCCGCUUUGCCUUCUACCGUCACAACCGGCCCGGCUGGCAGAACAGCAUCCGCCACAACCUGUCUCUCAACGAGUGCUUUGUCAAGGUGCCCCGCGAUGACCGCAAGCCAGGCAAGGGCAGCUACUGGACCCUGGACCCCGACUGCCAUGACAUGUUCCAGCACGGCAGCUUCCUCCGUCGCCGCCGCCGCUUCACCCGUCGGGCAGGUGCAGAGGGCACCAGGAGCCCUGUCAAGGCACGCCGGGGACCCGUCAGGGCCACCAGCCAGGACCCCAGAGUCACCCACACCACGACCAGCAGGCAGUGCCCAUUCCCACCAGAGCUGCCAGAUCCCAAGGGCCUAAGCUUUGGGGGUCUGGUGGGGACCUUGCCAGACAGCACGUGCCCAGCAACUGCUGAUGUCACCAGGCCUCGGCUGCCCGUGGAGCCCAAGGAGAUGUCCACACCCAAGCCUGCAGGCCCAGGGGAGCUCCCAGUGGUCACUUCACCCUCCCCGUGCCCAGCGUUUGGCUUUCCUGCCAACUUCUCUGAGGCCGAGGGCUUUAGCAAAGCCCCCACGCCCGUCCUGACCCCCGAGGCAGCCGUCGGGAGCGGCUACCAGUGCCGACUGCAAGCCCUCAAUUUCUGCAUGGGCGCCGACCCGGGCCUGGAGCACCUGCUGGCCUCUGCAGCGCCCUCCCCGGCACCCCCCACCCCGCCAGCCUCACUCCGGGCUCCACUGCCCCUGCCAGCUGACCCCAAGGAACCCUGGGUCGCAGGAGGCUUCCCUGUCCAGGGAGGCUCCAGCUACCCACUGGGGCUGCCCCCCUGCCUAUACCGGACACCAGGAAUGUUCUUCUUUGAGUGACAGCAGCCUCACCUCUGUAGGGCCUCUGCCAAACCAGUGCCAGGCUGAGCCUGGCUCUAGGACCUGGAGAGUUCUCAAAGGACCAAGCCCCGGCUGGCCAAGCGCAACCUGGACGGGAAGCCAGGACUGGAGCAGCGGCGUUCAGCUGGGCCCUGGGGGCCCCUGGAGAAACUUGGGGGUGAGGGGGCCGGGGUCCUUGGGAUUUGUUCUGUGGCUCUUGGGCCCAAUAAAACCAGUGUGAUGAA